UGUCAUGGCCGCUGCUCCUUGCGAGCCGCAGGUGCCGGACGGGAGUGACCGCUUGAGCCGUUAGGCAGCAGCUGUCAGGAGUGCAGACACGGGCCCCUGGCCCAGGUUCUGAGGCGGCGCCCCGCGGCCGAGAGAAGCAGAUAGGCCUGGGACUGCGUGGUCCAUGAGCCGACGCCGGAGGCAGCGCGGAGCCGCACACUCCCCUGGCCCCGGCGCGACCCGGGCAGCCGCGGGCUGAGGAGUCGCGGGCUCUGGGCUCGCCCCCAGUUGCCACCAUGAACCCGGAGAAGGACUUCGCUCCACUCACGCCCAACAUUGUGCGCGCCCUCAAUGACAAGCUCUACGAAAAGCGGAAGGUGGCAGCGCUGGAGAUCGAGAAGCUGGUCCGGGAGUUUGUGGCCCAAAACAACACCAUGCAAAUCAAGCAUGUGAUCCAGACCCUCUCUCAGGAGUUUGCUCUGUCUCAGCACCCCCACAGCCGGAAAGGGGGCCUCAUCGGCCUGGCUGCCUGCUCUAUUGCGCUGGGCAAGGACUCAGGGCUGUACCUGAAGGAGUUGAUCGAGCCAGUGCUGACCUGCUUCAAUGACACGGACAGCCGGCUGCGCUACUACGCCUGCGAGGCCCUCUACAACAUCGUCAAGGUGGCCCGUGGUGCUGUGCUGCCCCACUUCAAUGUGCUCUUUGACGGCCUGAGUAAGUUGGCCGCUGACCCAGACCCCAAUGUGAAGAGCGGAUCUGAGCUCCUCGACCGCCUCUUGAAGGACAUCGUGACGGAGAGCAGCAAGUUUGACCUGGUGGGCUUCAUCCCCUUGCUGCGGGAGAGGAUCUACUCCAACAACCAGUACGCCCGGCAGUUCAUCAUCUCCUGGAUCCUGGUUCUGGAGUCUGUGCCAGACAUUAACCUGCUGGAUUACUUGCCGGAGAUCCUAGAUGGACUUUUCCAGAUCCUGGGCGAUAAUGGCAAAGAGAUACGGAAAAUGUGCGAGGUGGUCCUUGGAGAAUUCCUGAAAGAGAUCAAGAAGAACCCGUCCAGUGUGAAGUUUGCUGAGAUGGCCAACAUCCUGGUGAUCCACUGCCAGACUGCGGAUGAUCUGAUCCAGCUGACAGCCAUGUGCUGGAUGCGGGAGUUCAUCCAGCUGGCCGGCCGGGUGAUGCUGCCCUACUCCUCUGGGAUCCUGACAGCCGUCUUGCCCUGCCUGGCCUACGAUGACCGCAAGAAAAGCAUCAAGGAGGUUGCCAACGUAUGCAACCAGAGCCUGAUGAAGCUGGUCACCCCUGAGGAUGAUGAACCCGAGGAGCCAAAGUCCAUGGCGCCAAAGCAGGCAGAGCCCAACCCCGAUGACUCCCUGGCGAAGCAGGAGGGGAUAGCCGGUGGAGCGCCAGAUGGUUCUUGUGACUCCAGCUUCGGCAGUGGCAUCAACGUCUUCAGUCCAGCCAGCACUGACAGGGCCCCAGUCACUCUCCACCUCGAUGGGAUCGUACAGGUCCUGAACUGCCACCUCAGUGACAUGGCCAUCGGGAUGAUGACCAGGAUUGCCGUCCUCAAGUGGCUUUACCACCUCUACAUCAAGACGCCCCGGAAGAUGUUCCGGCACACAGACAGCCUCUUCCCCAUCCUACUUCAGACGUUAUCGGAUGAAUCGGAUGAGGUUAUCCUGAAGGAUCUAGAGGUUUUGGCAGAAAUUGCUUCCUCCCCCGCAGGCCAGACGGAUGACCCUGGCCCCAUAGAUGGCCCUGAACUCCGGGUCAGCCACUCAGACCUUCAGGUGCCUGCCACAGGCAGAACCAGCCUGCUGAACUCGCCCAGUAAAGGCGGGUCCAGCUGCAGCCCCAAGAGAGAGCAGCUUCCCUCAGGGCUGCCCACCAGGACAGGGCCCCUGACUGAAUACCAGAGGCCCCGGACCCGGGCCGUGACCCCUGUCCCCCGGUCUUCCAGGCAGCUGUGCCUCCUGCUGAACGCCGAGAACAUCUUCCACUCGAUGGCCGACAUCCUGCUGCGAGAGGAGGACCUCAAGUUCGCCUCCACCAUGGUGCACACCCUCAACACCAUCCUGCUCACCUCCUCCGAGCUCUUCCAGCUCAGGAGCCAGCUCAAGGACCUGAGGACUCUGGAGAGCCAGAACCUGUUCUGUUGCCUCUACCGCUCCUGGUGCCACAACCCAGUCACCACCGUGUCCCUCUGCUUCCUCACCCAGAACUACCGGCACGCCUACGACCUCAUCCAGAAGUUUGGGGACCUGGAGGUGACUGUGGAUUUCCUCACAGAGGUGGACAAGCUGGUGCAGCUGAUUGAGUGCCCCAUCUUCACAUGUAAGGGGCUGGACAGCGCCUUCCAGCUGCUGUCCCACCGGCUCCAGUGUGUGCCCAACCCCGAGCUGCUGCAGACUGAAGACAGUCAGGCGGCCGCCCCCAGGUCGCAGAAGACAGACACCUCCAGCAUCGACUAUGCGGAACUACUGCAGCACUUCGAGAAGGUCCAGAAGAAGCACCUGGAAGUGAGGCACCAGCGGAGUGGGCGCGGGGACCACCUGGACAGGAGGGCCGUCCUGUGACAGGCGAGGGCGCGGCAUGGGAAGAGCCAGGAGGGCCGUGGACCCCGGGGUCUUCAGGAGCCCGAGGACCACCUGCCUGGGGCUGGGGGUGGAGGCCACUGUCCACUCGAGCUCCUCUCACAGCCAGCCCCUGCGCCCCAACCCUGUCAGCUGCACCCUGGGCCUCACAGCUGGCUCCCACCAGGGUGGGGCCGCAGCCUCAGGUGCCACCCAUCUGCUGGAACUGGUCUCUUGAGUACCCUCUGGACAGAACUUGAUGGCACUAGCGCUCUGGCCGGGGACGCAGGUGUGUACAGAGCUCCUGUGUGCACACAGGCCCAGUGCAGGAGUCCCUGGGAAUGAUGCACCCCCAAUAAAGAGAGGACAAAUCCUUCA